UCAAGGAGGGAGGGAAAAUAAGAUUGUUGUUAGUGUGGGUUCAAUAGUUGUUGCUUUACACGUGUCACGACUUCUGGUUAUUGUUUUCAGUGCAAACAGCUUUUGAAAGACUGCCCAGAAUUGGUUUCGAAUUUGGACGUUUGUUUCCGUAGACUAAAGAGGCACGAGUGCUCACAAGCUAGUAACGUUAGCGACACAAGACAGCAGACGAGUUCCAUCCCUCCAGACGCAACUUCGAGAGGCCAUUCAAUGUGCCUACAUUGGACUAUUUCCGAUAAUGCAACAGCCUGUCAUAUUUUACGGAUCAGCUUUAUCGCAUUGAGCAACAUAACACACAUGUGUAACGGGGAACCAUAUAAUAUUUGCCAAGCUAGCUAGUAAGCUAGCCAUCUUGCUAGACAGGUCAGCUUCCUUGUAUCAAAUGGCAAACUGUCUAGUACUAGUAGCUAACGUUAAUGAUGGCUGGACUGCUUUGUCAGAACUAUGGAAAUGAAAACGUUAGUUUGUUUUAAAGUACGUUUUUUUUAUUUUAUUAUUAGCAAACCGUAUAUAAUUUGACUCCAAACACGGAAGCUAGUUAUCGUAUUUUUUUAAAUGUAAUCUAUCACAUUUGAGUCGCUGAGAGCCAACAAAAGACUCAAUUUUGGAUAUCAAUUGACGAGACGAAUUAUUUCUGUGUCCCUGGUUUUAACUGGAUUUGGCCUACCCUUUUGGUUCGACGCGGGAGCAGCGGGAUUUCGACGUCCACUCAUCUGUCACGUCGAUAUUUGUAUACAUUUUCCUAUCCCUCCACAACCUUUCCCCGUUUCUCUCUCCGAUGCGGAGUGCUGAGUAACGCCGGCAACCAAAUCGUUAACGGCGGCCGGACAUGCUGAAGUGUAUCCCUUUGUGGCGUUGUAACCGCCACGUCGAGUCGGUGGACAAGCGACAUUGUAAUUUGCAAAAUGUCCCCGACGAGAUAUUUCGCUACAGCCGCAGUCUGGAGGAGCUUCUCCUCGACGCUAACCAACUCCGAGAACUACCCAAGCCCUUCUUCAGACUUCUGAACCUGCGGAAACUGGGUCUGAGUGACAAUGAGAUCCAGAGGCUCCCUCCUGAGGUGGCCAACUUCAUGCAGCUGGUGGAGCUUGACAUUUCCAGAAACGACAUUCCUGAGAUCCCCGAGAGCAUUAAGUUCUGCAAGGCAUUGGAGAUUGCAGACUUCAGUGGAAACCCCCUCUCCAAGUUGCCUGAUGGUUUCUCUCAGCUCAGAGGGCUCGCCCACCUGGCCCUUAACGACGUGUCAUUGCAGACACUGCCCAACGACAUAGGAAACCUGGCCAACCUGGUGACGCUGGAGCUCAGGGAGAACCUGCUCAAGUCCCUGCCCACGUCACUCUCUUUCCUGGUGAAACUGGAGCAUCUGGAUCUGGGCAGCAAUGAACUGGAUGUGUUGCCGGACACACUUGGUGCUCUCCCUAAUCUACGGGAGCUGUGGUUGGACCGCAACCAGCUCUCCUCUUUGCCACUAGAGCUGGGGAACCUGCAGAGACUAGUGUGUCUAGACGUGUCAGAGAACCGACUGGAGGAGUUGCCCUCGGAGCUCAGCGGCCUGCUGGCCCUCACUGACCUGCUGCUCACACACAACCUCCUGGAGGUGGUGCCCGACAGCAUAGGCUCUCUGAAGCAGCUGUCCAUCCUGAAAGUGGACCAGAACCGACUGACCCACCUGAGUGACGCCAUAGGAGAGUGUGAGAACCUGACGGAACUCGUAUUGACCGAGAACCUCUUACAGACUCUGCCUCGCUCGCUGGGCAAGUUGAAGAAGCUGACCAACCUGAAUGUGGACCGCAACCGUCUGGGCGACGUGCCUGAUGAGCUGGGUGGUUGUGCCAGCCUCAACGUGCUCUCCCUCAGAGACAACCGCGUGGCGAAAUUGCCCGCUGAGCUGGCUGACGCCACCGAGCUCCAUGUUCUGGACGUGGCAGGGAACAGGUUACAGAACCUGCCGUUUGCCCUGGCCAACCUCAACCUGAAGGCCAUGUGGCUGGCAGAGAACCAGUCCCAGCCCAUGCUCAAGUUCCAGACGGAGGACGACAAGAGCACCGGGGAGAAGGUGCUCACCUGCUACCUGUUGCCCCAGCAGCCCUCCCCCAGCCUGGAGAACCUGCUGCUGAACAGUGUGGACGACAGCUGGAUAGACAGCAACCUGAACCGGGUGUCAGUUAUCCAGUUCCAGGAGGAGACUACCAAGCAGGAUGAGGACGAUGAGGCGGCUGCAGAGCGCAGGGGUCUCCAGCGCCGGGCGACGCCCCACCCCAGUGAGCUGAAGGUCAUGAAGAAGGUGAUUGAGGAGAAGAGGAACGAGGCCCACAUAUCCAGUCCUGAUGGAGAGCCAGAGUCUCCUGGUACUGAGGAGAAACGACUGAGCAAUCUGUCCAAUCAGAGCCACGACUCUGCGGCGUCCAACAGCACAGCCUCUGCCAACUCUCACGAGGAGAGGCGCUGCAUGAUUACCACAGCGAGGGAGAGCCUAGUGAGUGGGCGUGGUGAGGAGGAGGAGCUAGACGAGAUGGAGGUGGAGUAUGUAGAGCCCACGGUGCACUUUGCAGAGGAGCCCAUAUACCGGGGUGGGAUUGAGGACGGUGAGGAUGAGGAGGGUGGGGACGGGGUCCCAUGCAGCGACCUAGAGGAACAGAGGCCCCAGUUCCCUACGGAGAAGCAGCGUCUGAUCAGGAAGGACACGCCGCACUACAAGAAGAACUUCAAGAUUACCAAGCUGCCAAAACCCGAGGUGGUGGCCGCGUUACUGCAGGGCUUCAGCCCCGACGCUCACCUGGCCCAACACCCCACCUCGCACCACCCUGACCCCGAGGAGGAGGAGGAAGAGGAGGAGUGUAUGGUUACUCCACAGCGCCACAACAGAAUAGAAGAGCCAGAGCAGGAGGAUAGGAGUCUGCUUCAUGUCAACUCUUCCCUGCAGCCGGUCAAGCACACCCUGACCAUUCUACGGCAAACUGGGGGCCUGGGCAUCAGCAUAGCCGGAGGACAGGGAUCCACACCCUACAAGGGGGAUGAUGAGGGAAUUUUCAUCUCCAGGGUGUCUGAAGAGGGCCCUGCAGCGCAGGCUGGGGUCAAAGUGGGAGACAAACUCCUAGAGGUGAAUGGUGUGGUUCUCCAGGGGGCAGAGCACCACACGGCGGUAGAGGCCCUGCGCAGCUCGGGCUCCGCCGUCUCCAUGAGCGUCCUCCGGGAGCACAUGGUGGAGCCGGAGAACGCCAUCACCACCACACCGCUGAGGCCCGAGGACGACUACUUCCCCCGGGAGAGACGGGCCAGUGGCCUUCCCUUCUGCAUUGAGGCAGGCUCCCCCGCAGUCCUCCGACACAGGCUGUCUACCUGCCUGGCCCGCAACGACAAGGGUCUGGGCUUCAGCAUUGCUGGGGGCAAAGGCUCCACAGCCUACCGCACAGGGGACAUGGGGAUCUACAUCUCGCGGAUCGCAGAGGGAGGGGCGGCCCACAGAGACCGCACACUCCGAGUAGGGGACAGGGUCAUCACCAUCAAUGGUGUAGACAUGACAGAGGCCAGGCAUGACCAGGCAGUAGCGCUGCUUACCGGCACCUCUCCCACAAUUGCUCUCCUGGUGGAGCGUGACCAGGCCGAGCCGGGCACCGCAGGGGGCUCCCCGGGCCUGUCCCGUGCCCGCGCCCACUCCCCCCCACCUCCAGAGCCCUCUGACUCACCCGACCAGGAAGAGGGCAACGACGACUCGAGCCUCUUGCCACACGGGAACCACCUGAGCCAGCCGCUGGAGGACGAAUACCCCAUCGAGGAAGUGGCGUUGGUGAAAGCGGGCGGCCCCCUGGGACUGAGCAUCGUGGGAGGCAGUGAUCACGCCAGUCACCCGUUCGGCAUCAACGAGCCUGGCGUCUUCAUCUCUAAGGUGAUCUCCCAUGGCUUGGCGUGUCAGAGUGGGCUGCGGGUGGGGGACAGGAUACUGGAGGUGAACACCACCGACCUGCGCCACGCCACCCACCAGGAGGCUGUUAGAGCCCUGCUCUCCAACAAGCAGGAGAUCCGCAUGCUGGUGCGCAGGGACCCCUCGCCUCCCGGGAUGGAGGAGAUAGUGAUCCAGAAGCAGCCUGGAGAAAAGCUGGGCAUAAGCAUCCGCGGCGGUGCCAAGGGCCACGCUGGCAACCCCUUCGACGCCACCGAUGAGGGCAUUUUCAUAUCCAAGGUGAGCUCCAGCGGUGCGGCGGCCAGGGAUGGCCGUCUGCUUGUGGGCAUGCGGAUCUUGGAGGUGAGUAACCACAGCCUGCUGGGCAUGACCCACACGGAGGCUGUACGCGUGCUCCGUGCCGUGGGAGACACCCUGGUCAUGCUGGUGUGUGACGGCUUCGACCCUGGCAACGCUGCCGCUAUAGAGGCGUCACCGGGCAUCAUCGCCAACCCGUUUGCAGCAGGCAUCGUGCGUAAGAACAGCAUGGAGAGCAUCUCCUCUAUCGACCGAGACCUGAGUCCCGAGGAGAUGGACAUCCUACAGAAGGAGGUGGAGAUGGUGCGAGAGACGUCCCAGUGGGAGAGAGAAGAGAUGGAGAAGGUGGAGCGCAUGCGCUUGGAGCGUGAGGAGGAUACUCGCCUGCUAGAAGAGGAGACCGAGAACCUGGGCACUGGGCCUCUGAAACUGGACUACCGGACGCUGGCCGCACUGCCCACCACCGCUCUGCAGAAGGUCAACAGGGCGCCCUCCACUGAGCCCCCCAGGACAGACAGUCCCAUGAGAGACGCCCCCUACUCACCAAGCACACAACCGGCAAGCAUUCAUUUCACCCCUACUGCACUGCCUGCCAAGGAGGAUAUCUCACCACUGAGUCCCUAUGAGACAAGGCCAGGUGCCAUCCAGCCCCUCUCCCGUGGUGGCGGGCGGCCGAUCACCUCGCCAGCCACUCCGGACGGGCACAGCAGUCCCAAUCCCUUCCAGCAUGGCCCCUCCCCCAUCAACUCUCAGACCUUUGAUCUGUUUGGCCAGAGGAACAACGUCCAACCCAAUCAGCCUUCCCCUUCUCCAGAGCCUGAGCUGAACAACGAGGUGUUUGAGGAUGAGGUAGAGGGGGACGGGGGAAUGGGUAUGGGUCAGGCAGCCCCCGUCUCUCCCCGACCCUUCCUCUCCUCUGACUGUCGGGACUAUAUGAGUCUGGCAGCAGUGCCACGCCUCUCCAGAGCCUCCAUGGACAUGGUUGUAAAGACUCCAUCACCUGGGGGCAGAGACAACCAGGAGCAGCGCUCCUUCAGGGACAGACAGAAGUACUUUGAAAUCGACACGAAGCAGCAGACGCCCGACACCAAGCCCAAAGGCCGCGUGUCCCUGGUUGGAGCAGACGACCUGAAGAAGAUGAGGGAGGAGGAAGAGAGGAGAUUCGAGCAGCGGGCACGGGAGUACCUGAUGGAUGAAGAUGACGAGGAGGAGGAUGACCUGGUGAAGCAGAUGGGAGUGUUGAAGGCCACGGGCAAAGUGCUGCUGGACGGGGUGGAGUACAAGGUGGAGCCUGUAGCCACCCCCCGCAGGCACUGUAACACGCCCCCCAGCUACAGCACCACACCCCCUAGCUACUGUGGCAGCUCAGGGCCCUCGUCAGUGGAUGGUAAAGGAGACUACCAGAGGAAUUCCUUAGAGGAGAGCUUCAGGCUGGAGCAGCAGAGGCCCAACUCCAUGACUGGUCUGAUCCCAGUGUACCCUGGAGAGUCGGGGGCUCCCAUCCGGACGGCCAAGGCAGAACGGAGGCAACAGGAGCGGCUGAGGAUGCAGAGUCCAGAGCUGGCCCCAGCCGGAGACAAGGACCUCUCCCCUUCCGAGAAACGGGCUUUGGAAGCCGAGAAGAGAGCCAUGUGGAGAGCAGCAAGGAUGAAGUCUCUGGAGCAGGAUGCUUUGAAGGCUCAGAUGGUCAUCGCAAAGUCCCGGGAGGGAAAGAAGCGUGGCACACUGGACCAGCUGGCCGAGUCGCCCUCGCCCGCCCCCACGCCAUCCCCCACCCCUCUGGAAGAUUUCAGUCCACAAGGAGUGACGUCACCAGGCAGACUGUCCCUGUCGGAAAAGAAGUUUGACUACCGACAGUUUGCUGCCAUUCCUUCUUCCAAACCCGUAUACGACAUCCAGUCCCCUGACGUGGUCGAUGACAUUCAGUUCAUUGACGAUGGCUCCAGUAACCCAGUGCAUGCUGCGGAUCCCGGGACUGAGGUGCCCACUGCCACCUCGGCGCUGGAGAUGGCCCUCUACAGCAACAAGCGCAAGCUGAGGCAGGGCUGCUGCAGCCUGGAGACCGCCGUGCCCACAUAACACCUCACACACAUCUACCACAAGAGACUCGGGAGACAUACAUACACAGAGGCACCGGGUCACUACACACACUCACAGGUUUGGGAGAUGCGUCCCAUGUAACCACUGCAGAGACCAUGAUGCUGAUAGUCAACACACACACACACACACACACACAAUGUCAUAUCCUGCGUGCCAGUCUUGCCUUUACAGUCUGAGGAUGUGUUGGCCUGAACAUGAGGCCCAACGUUCCUGAUGCCAGGGAGGAGGAGGGCCGGUGAGGGGAGCUAGCGUUUACGCUUCAGAAAUACCAUUCUCUUUUUUUGGGGGGGGGUCUUUUUCUUCAGUUUACGUUUUAGUAGCUGAAUUAUAUUAACAGGCGACUUAUGUUUUUACUUUUGACCCUCUGAUUUUUGCUGUUUUAAAGGAAAAAUGUGUUCUGGAAGAGAAAGAGGAAAAAAUAUGAAUUGUGUAGAUGUGAUACUAACUUUUCAGAUGCUAUUUUUGAGGUUUUCAAUUAAUAGAUUGUGAACAGUCAGGGUUUUUAGCGGGCUUCGGGAGGAGGUGUAUAUAUGGGGAACAUACUGCUACUUUCACUGCCACAUUUUAAACACUACAUACAUAUAUAUCUCAACUGUACUAGCACACUGCUUAGAAAACAAGAUGUUUUCAUUUUAAAUCAUUAAUUUUGCUUGUAUUUUAUUACUCGAUUCUAAAGCCUCCCCUGUAAUACAUUGUUACCCCCUGUACUUUUGAGUGCAAUAGAACAUAUCAUUUUAUUUAUCAUAAUGACAUCAAUGCAUAUCAUGAUAUAUUAAUUCAAAAGUACAUCUUAUGAGGCAAGCACAUGUUUAAUCCAUAUCACCAAGAUAUUUUAUUUUACAAUGAAUACAUUUGUUUUCACUUUGAUGCACAGGCCUUAACCAGGUUCUGACUGGUACAUUACAAGGAACAUGCUGUCACAGACUUGUAGGAUACUGAUCCCAGUACAGUUUUUGAUCUCGGCGGAUCAGAGUAAAGGAUCUCUAGCUUUCCUGGACCAGGUUUAUCAAAUUCUGUCCCAUUCCCAUUCUAGAGAAUGUAACUACACUGGAGAGACCAGCAGAGAGACAUACACCCACACACAUGGACAGAUAAGCCACUAGUCUUUAUUCAAAAUGGCUGUAAAUUUAUGAACAUAAUCUCAGCUUCAUCUCCAUUUACAUAUACGGUACUUUCCCUGCCCUUUUGGUGGGCAUCAUUUGUCAAUGUGAAUCUCACUUCUAUCUGGAUGGUUUUCCAGAUUUUUACCGGUGAAGGUAGCAGGUGUUUGCUUUUUUUUUUUAUCUGCCUUUGGUUAAUUUAAAUCUGACACCCACUGAAAAUCCUUUAUUGUUGUGUGAAUAAUGUACAAAAUACUGAAUGGAAAGCAAAACUUAAGGUUGAAAUUGAGCCAGUCUACUAAGCCAAGACCAAGCAAGUGUCUGGACUGGGGAGCUCUCCCUUCCUCUCUCUCUCUGCAUGUACAAUAUAUUGGCUUUACUGGGAGAACCUGUAGAGGCAGAAGACAUGUUGUUAAUCCAUUUGAAAUGCAUCUCAUUCGACCAUCAUUCUCAAUCUCUUUCCUCUGCUUUACCUGCUGCUGUCAUGGAUGUUAUCUGAUGGCAACUUUGUUGGGAGAGUCAUGACAGUAGCACUCGUGUUUAAUUUAAUGUACUAAUCAUAUCUUUCUGUGUUGCUUUGGCCGACUGAAAUUCAGUUAGGAUGAUAACAUUUGCUAUUGGUUGACAAUGUUUUAGUUUUUUUUUUACUUACUGUAGUGGGUAAAACUUUCCAGACAAAAUGGGAUUCACAACAUUUUUUAAUGCAAAACAACUGUUGGAACUUUUUUUGGUUACGCUCUUCUCUUGAAUUAUUUUGGGGGACUGUUUUUCCCAAACGAGUCAGAGGGAAAGGGUAGAAGUGCUGGGGUCAAGGCUCAUCCAAGACUGUAACUAGUGAAUUUGUACAACCAAAGAGGUCUAUUUUGUGGUUCAGGAAUAAAAAAGUUUACUUUUCAUUUAACAAGCUGA